AUGUCCAACCUCACCGCCUUCGAGCAGCUGCUCGGAGGGCUCACCAGCGUCGACAACUCGGCGCGCACGCAGUACGAGGCUUUGUUCAACGAGUGCAAGAAGCAGGGCGACGUGCUCUGCCUCCAGCUCGUCAAGGCGCUGCGCACCUCCGCGCAGGUGGAGACCCGCGAGAUGGCGGCCAUCCUGCUCCGCCGCGUCUUGACCAAGGAUGAGGUGUCGCUGUGGGCCAACCUCCAGGCGCAGACGCAGGCGGGCAUCAAGUCCGAGCUGCUCAAGUCCCUGCACGAGGAGCAGAACAAGCGGAUCGCGGGCAAGGUUGGCGACACCGUCUCCGAGCUCGCGGCCGGCGUCUACGAGGAGGGAUGGCCGGAGUUGCUCCCAUUCCUCUUCCAGUGCGUCACGACCGGUUCCGACGCCCUCAAGGUGACCGCGCUCAACGUGUUCGGCGAACUCGCCGCGUACAUCGGCGACUCGCUCGUGCCGCACCUCGCCACGCUGCACGGCAUCCUCGCGCAGUGCCUGCAGGCUGCGGACAUGGAGGUGAAGCUCGCGUCCCUCCGGGCCUGCUGCGCCUUCGUGGAUUCGCUCGAGAACCAGCACGACAGGGCCAAGUUCCAGGACCUCCUCCCCGCCAUGCUCCAGACCCUGGGCGGCGCGCUCCAGGGGGGCGACGAAGCAUCCGCUCAGGAUGCGCUCUCCAUGUUCGUGGAGCUCGCGGGAUCGGACCCUCGAUUCGUGCGCAAGCACCUCGCGCACGUCGUCGACGCCAUGAUGACCAUCGCGGAACACAACGACCUGGAGGACGGCACCCGCCACCUCGCCACCGAGUUCCUCGUCACCCUCACCGAAGCCCGCGACCGAGCGCCCGGCAUGAUGCGCAAGCUGCCCAACUUUGUCCCGCGACUUUUCAACUGCCUCGUCGCCUUCUUGCUCGACAUCGAGGACGAACAGGAGUGGCACACCGCGGAGAAGGAGGAGGACGGCGACGUCGGCGAGGGCGAGCGGUACGACGUCGGGCAGGAGUGCCUCGACCGCGUCGCCAUCGCGCUCGGCGCCAACACCGUCUUGCCGUGCGCUGCGACGACCAUCCCGGCGCUCCUUCAAGACGGGGACUGGCGUAAGCGUCACGCGGCGCUCGUGGCGCUGGCGCAGAUCGCGGAGGGGUGCGUCAAGGGCAUGAACAAGGACGUCGCGGGGGCGGUGACCCCGUGCCUCGGCGCGGCCACCUCCGAUCCCCACCCGCGCGUCCGCUGGGCGGCGGUGAACGGGAUCGGCCAGCUGUGCACCGACCUCGGCCCCAAGAUCCAGGAGAAGGCGCACGCGCAGAUCCUCCCCGUCCUGCUCAAGUGCAUGGAGGACUCGUCCCACAGGGUCCAGUCGCACGCGGCCGCGGCGAUGGUCAACUUCUCCGAGGGAUGCCCCCCGGAGCAUAUGCAGCCGUACCUGGACGCGCUCAUGAACAAGCUGCUCCAGAUGCUCCAGGGCGGGCACCGCAUGGUGCAGGAAUCCGCGCUCACCGCGCUGGCGUCCGUCGCGGACAACGCGCAGACGGCGUUCGCGAAGUACUACUCGACCGUGCUCCCAUUCCUGAAGCAGAUACUCGUGGGCGCCGCGGGCAAGGAGCACAGGAUGCUCCGCGCCAAAGCCAUGGAGUGCAUCUCGCUCGUGGGCAUGGCCGUCGGCAAGGAACAGUUCGCGCCCGACGCGCGCGAGGUGAUGGACCUCCUGAUGCAGCUGCAGGCUGGCGGGUUCGAGGACGACGACACCACGGCGUCGUACAUGCAGCAGGCGUGGACGCGGCUGUGCAAGUGCCUGGGACGCGAUUUCAUCCAGUACCUUCAGGUUGUCAUGCCGCCGUUGCUCAAGUCGGCUCAGCUCAAGCCGGACGUCCAGGUGACGGACGCGGAGGACGCCGGAGAGGAAGAGGAGGAGGACGACGUCGAGGUCAUCGCCGUGGGGGACAAGCGCAUCUCCAUCCGAACGUCCGUGCUGGAGGAGAAGGCCACCGCGUGCAACAUGCUCUGCUGCUACGUCGACGAGCUCAAGGAUGGAUUCCUGCCGUACCUACAGCCCGUGGUGGAGACCAUGGUGCCGCUCCUCGAUUUCUACUUCCACGAGGACGUGCGCAAGGCUGCCGUGGCGUCGCUCCCGGACAUCCUCCGCGCGGGUAAGGCUGCCAUGCUGAAGCAGUGCGUCACGCCCCAGGGCCAGACCGUCGACGCGGCUUAUUUCCGCCAGCUCGUCGGCUUUGUCGUGCCCCCGCUCAUCAAGGCGCUCAACAAGGAACCCGAGGUUGAGAUCCAGGCCGCGAUGCUCGAGUCCCUGGCGGACUGCGCCGGCGUCGCGGGAGAGCACAUCAGCGAGCACAUCUCCGCGAUGAUCGAGGAGUUCCAGGCGACCCUCAAGGGCUCCCUGGAGCGCAGGGCGGAGCGGAACAAGCGCGCGACGACCGAGGACUUUGACGCCGAGGAGAUGGACGCGCUCACCGACGAGCAAGCAGCCGAGGACGAGGUCUUUGACCAGUUUGCCGAGUGCGUCGGAUCGUUGCUCAGGUCUCUUCACGCGCCGGUGCUCCCAGCGCUCGAACCCCUCCUCGCGCAGUUCGUGGCGCCCAUGUUGGCGGCCGAUCGUUCCCCCGAGGAGAGGAGGAUCGCGAUUUGCGUAUUCGACGACGUCAUGGAACACGCGAGCGACGGCGGCGCGGCGCUCCGAUACCUCGACGGAUUCGCGGGACCGUGCCUGGGUGGGUGCACCGACGCGGACGCGGACGUGCGUCAGGCGUCCGUGUACGGCGUGGGUGUCAUGGCGGAGAAGUUGGGCGCGGCUUUCGCGCCGCACGUGCCGGCGUCGCUCCAGGCGCUCGCGGCGGUGAUCCAGGCGCCGGAUUCUCGAACCGACGAAAACGUCAACGCGACUGAGAACGCGAUCAGCUCGCUGGGUAAGUUGUGCGAGUUCCAACGGAACGUGAUCCCGGGGCCCGAGAGCGUCGUGCCGCAGUGGCUCCAGUGCCUACCGCUGACGGAGGAUAAGGUGGAGGCGAGGGCGGUGCACGAGCAGCUGGUUCGCAUGCUCGAGAAGAACGACCCUCACUUGCUCGGGCCCAACAGCGAGCACCUCGGUUCCGUGGUGAAGGUGUUCGCCACCGCGCUGCCCACCGCAUCGCUCUCGGAUAAGCUCCAGCUGUGCACCCCGGAGACGGCGAGGAAGAUGAAGGCCAUCUUGAUGCAGAUGCAGGGAAGCGUCCCGCCGGAGACGCUGUCGCGCGCGUGGAGCUCCAUCACCGCCGAGCAGCAGCAGGCGUUGCAGCAGGCGAUGCAGGCGUGAUGA